AUGUCAGGCGUUUUAUCAAGCAAAAAAAGGACUACUUACAACAAUCAAGAGGAAAAGUGUGAAGUGAUGCCACCGAGCAUGUAUUAUCCACAGAACAUGUCAAUGAUGACACCAAUGACAGCUGGUAUGUCAAAUCCAAUGUCAAGUUUCCACUCCUACCCCUCAACUAGCUACGACACACAUCAUUACCAGCAUGAGCCAAUUCAUGCAGCCUAUCAAUCACCCAAUCUCUGGAGUCCAGAGUAUUAUUCCGGAUACAGCACAUUUUCGGAGCCUACACCGUCGACGUCGUACAAUCUUCCAUCCACUCUUGGUCCAUCAACGUCAACAGCAGCGACACUUUGGCCGACGCAUCAACCUGACUACUCAGCAGUACAACCGCAAUUGACAGCAAUGCAACCGAUGCCCGCUUUCCGACAGUCUCCAACUUUAUCAGAGUUGUCUCAAAAUUCGUAUGAGCAACUGAGUCCUAAGUACUGGUCCAGCGAAGAAGAGUCGAAGCGCAAGAAAAAGUUGACCAGAUGCCAGUGUCCCAGUUGCAUCCCCGAUGGCAAUUGCAAACUCGACAGCGAUGGCAAGAAAUUGCACACUUGUCACUACAUAGGUUGUCAGAAAAAAUACGGAAAGACUUCGCAUCUGAAAGCUCACCUCCGCUGGCACACUGGAGAGCGCCCGUUCAAGUGCGAUUGGUAUGGAUGUGGAAAAAGCUUCACCCGGAGCGAUGAGCUUCAGCGACACUUUAGGACUCACACAGGGGAUAAACGUUUUUUUUGUCAACAGUGCCCCAAACGCUUUAUGCGCAGUGAUCACUUGAAGAAACACAUUAAAACCCACGAGAAUCAAAAGAAAAAAGCCAAGAAACAGAACAAGGAAAACAAGUCUUCUAUCGUAACUCAAGAGGUUAGUCAGGAGCAGCCGAUCAUGGGAGCUGCUGCUACUGCUGCUGCUGUAACAAAUAUUCCUGCUCAAUAUUACUAUCAAUAAAUAAAAUUGGACUGACUAUAGAGGGGUAAUGUACCUCAUCAUUAUUGA